CAGCGCAAUACUGCGCUUGAAAUCCUCGAUUCCUGUUUCCAUCUAACACAGUGUCACAACAUCAUCCAUGGCUUCAUAUCCAGGCAGCGACAGCAGAGGUGGCUUUGCUCCACGGAGAGGGCGAGGCCGUGGUGGAAGAGUCCCGUUCUUUGCGAAGCCCAAGGAACAGGUGAAACCUGAUCUUGAGAGACAUCCGCUUGGAGACCUUAUCAAGGAGUUUCGCAAUUCGGAUCUGAGCUUGAAACCCGCAGCUCUAGCAGAGAUAUCCGAUUGCCAGUAUGUAGCAUCCUACAAUUGGCUCAACGGCAAAGUACCCACCAUUGUCAUUCCAGGAAAACCUCCUCAGUGGACACCACUUCCUACACCACGGCGUCUGCCAGAGGACUAUGGGCAAUACUUUCGUGACCCCAACGCCGCUAUGUAUCCCGAAUAUCCAAUGGCACCCGUAGUGCGUGCUAUUAUUGAGACCAACCCUGAAUUCAACUCUGCGAGCACCGAUCUCUUCGCUUGUGGAAGCACCCUUGGCAACCUCCUCCGCUUCGCUCGGGGUGUCGACAAAGCUUUCCGUUUCAACAUCGAGGUCGUCGGCGAGACCGUCUUCUUCGUACGAAAAGAGAAUGACCCUAAAGAAGUUAUCAAAGACGUUAGAGGCUAUGGUCAUACCUUUCCAGAGGCAUACACCACAUGGGAGCAGAGCGUUAAAGGCUCCGAAACCCACCAACGCAUCAUACGAUAUGAGUUCGGCGGCUUGGAGUGCCUCGUGCGGUUCGAGAGUGACGGCUAUAUUGAAACGGCCGGAGCAGUCAAUGAUGCUACGCAUUCAGAGAGCGCCAAAGACCCCGAUGACCUUCUGGCAGCACUCCAAGACACAUCGAUCAGCAGGCCAUCAGACUUCAUGAUAAGCACACAUGAUGCUUUGACUGUCAAACAGGGUGGAACCACGGUGCUGCAAGACGUCAUUUUCGAUCUGAAGACGCGCUCAGGGAAGUACAAGAAAGACAUAGACAUGAGCGACAUCCACCCAGCGCUCUGGAUCAAACAGAUAUCCAACUUCAUCGUCGCCUAUCACAACGGUGCUGGACUUUUCGAAGACAUCCGAGUGCAAAAUGUCAAGAACGAUGUGCAGGCCUGGGCCAAAGAUAACGAAGAAGGCAUCCGCCGCUUUGCCACACUUCUAGAUACGAUCGUUAAAAUCGCUAGAAGUAACGCAGGCAAGUUGCUCGAGGUGUAUUGCCCUGGGGCGGACCGCUUGGAGGUCCGGUUUCAGUAUGGCAAGGGUGUGCACGCCUUGCCUGCAGACCUGGCAGACCGCUGGGAGAAGACUUGUAUUGAUGUCGUCUCUACGCAAGAUGAUGAAUCCGAUCAGUUCAGGUUUAGCGAUGGGGGUAUCGGUCUAGGAGAUACGUACGAAUUCAACACUGGCUCUGACGAUUCCGGAUCGGAGCCAGACUACACUGCUUGUUCCGCUCACGAUUGUGGCUACUGUGGCAGGUGCACGUAUUGAGAAUUGUAGGCUAAAUCACAGGCACGGUUUAUGGAAAGCAAACAGCUAGAGCGCAAUUUAUUGUAGUUCUUAUGAAAAGUUUUUAUUCCGUUCAUUUGGAACCUUGUUAGCGGCUAGUGCUAGCCUUUUGGUUCAAUCUCUGAUUAUAGCGUCUACUUCUAAUUCUUUUCUGGAGGCUGCUCAUAUUCGAUGAAAAGCUGUCAUCAAGGUGGCCGUCUUGCUCCGACUAGCCUACAAGCGGCACUUGGGACCCAUACUUCCUUAACCUUGCGGGGAUUUGUCACAGGACCGUAACUACAUAGUUUCCAUAGUGGUCUUCUUCCUGGAAGAGUUGAGGGUCAAGUGGCUGUCGAUAGGCCUCGAACCGCUGCUGAAC